AUGAUUCAUGGACCGUGUGGUGCCAUCAACCCCCAAUCACCUUGCAUGGUCGAUGGAAAGUGCUCUAAACGAUAUCCACGGAAAUUAACGGCGGAGACUGUCACUGGCAACGAUGGGUAUCCGCUGUAUCGGCGUCGAUCACCAGAUGACAACGGUCGAACUGUCACAACGAAAGUGAAAAGAAUGGAUUUCGUUGUCGACAACAGUUGCAUUGUUCCAUAUUCGCCACUUAUUUCUAAAACGUUCAAGACACAUUGCAACGUUGAAUACUGCAAUUCAGUUAAGUCCAUAAAAUAUAUUUGCAAAUAUGUUACGAAAGGCAGUGAUAUGGCGGUUUUUGGAUUGCAAUCCUCGAAUACCAACGAUGAAAUUUCACGCUAUCAAGUUGGUCGUUAUGUGAACUGUAAUGAAGCGAUUUGGCGUAUGUUCGCAUUUCCCAUUCACGAACGUCAUUCUACUGUUAUAAAUUUGCCGGUGCAUCUAGAGAAUGGUCAACGAGUAUAUUUCACGGCUUCGAAUGCUACGCAACGUGCUGAAACACCUCCAGCAACUACAUUGACCAGUUUUUUUGCAAUCUGCCAAAGCGAUCAGUUUGCACGAACUUUGCUUUACUCGGAGAUGAAACGUUAUUAUACUUGGAAUGCUUCAUCCAAGAAUUUUCAAAGACGGAAGCAAGGUGAUGCGGUUUCUGGGUAUCCAGAUGUGCGUUCUACUGAUGCUCUUGGUCGUAUGUAUACAGUUCAUCCAAAGAAUGAUGAAUGUUUCUAUUUGCGGUUGUUGCUGGUAAAUGUGCGUGGACCAACUUCAUUUGAGACACUACGAACUGUUAAUGGUGUAAUAUUCCCAACAUAUCGUGCUGCAUGUGAAGAAUUGAACUUAUUAGAAAACGAUACCCAUUGGGAUACGACAAUCGCUGAAGCCAUUAUCUCUGCAUCUCCAAGUCAGAUACGCACAUUAUUCGCUAUCAUAAUUUCGACAUGUUUUCCAUCAAACCCAUGUAACCUGUGGCACAAAUACAAGGAUAGUAUGUCAGAAGAUAUGUUACAUCAAAGUCGUGUCAGUUCCAGAAAUCACGAUAUUGAGAUGAAUGAGGAGAUACAUAAUCGUGCUUUACUCUUGAUCGAAGAUAUGUGUUACCUCAUGUGCGGUAAUUUAUUAAUCAGGUUAGGAAUGCCAGCGCCAAAUCGUGAAAUGAAUGACGCAUUUAAUCGAGAAUUGGAACGGGAACGUGAAUAUGAUCACCAGGAAUUAGAUUUAGUAGUUCAAAGGAAUGUACCCCUGUUGAAUUACCAACAAAAGAAAGUUUAUGAUACUUUAAUGAAGGCAAUCGCUGAUGAAAAUGGUGGUUUAUAUUUCCUAGAUGCCCCUGGUGGAACUGGCAAGACAUUCCUUAUGUCAUUAGUUUUAGCAACUGUUCGGGCGAGAUCCAACAUAGCGGUUGCAGUUGCUUCUUCUGGAAUAGCAGCCACAUUGUUAGAAGGAUGCCGUACGGCUCAUUCAGCAUUCAAAUUACCGUUAAAUCUUCAAACUAUUGAAGAACCAAUGUGUAAUAUGGCAAAACACUCAGCAAUGGCCAAAGUUUUAGCGACAUCGAAAAUCAUCAUCUGGGACGAAUGCACAAUGGCGCAUAAACGUGCAUUAGAAGCACUUAACCGAACAUUAAAAGAUUUACGCAAUGACUCGAGAUGUUUUGGAGGAGCAAUGAUUUUACUGUCUGGCGAUUUCCGCCAAAUACUGCCAGUAAUUCCAAGAUCUACGGCUGCCGACGAAAUAAACGCUUGCCUCAAAUCGUCAAAUCUAUGGCGCUAUGUGAAGAAACUGCAGCUGACAACAAACAUGAGAGUUACAUUGCUUAAUGAUACAUCUGCUGAAGAUUUCUCGGAGCAAUUGCUGACUAUCGGUAAUGGUCAAGUACCUGUCGAUGAAUCGAGCGGAUUAAUAUCAUUUCCAAAUAAUUUCUGUAAUUUUGUCUCAUCAAAAGACGAACUUAUCAACAAUGUAUUUCCAAAUAUUAUUUCUAACUACAAAAAUAAUGAAUGGUUGAGUGAGCGAGCAAUUUUAGCGGCUAAGAAUAAAGAUGUAGAUGACCUGAACUACAUAAUUCAAAAUAAGAUCAUUGGAACAAUGCAUUCAUUCAAAUCUAUUGACUGCGUCACAAAUGAAGAUGAAGCCACCAACUAUCCAAUUGAAUUUUUAAACUCUUUGGACGUACCUGGCUUACCACCGCACAAUUUACGCCUAAAGGUUGGCUCCGUAGUAAUCAUGCUUCGAAACAUAAACCAACCAAAACUGUGCAACGGUACGCGUUUGGUGGUUAGUAAAUUGAUGAACAAUGUAAUUUACGCUACGAUAAUGAUAGGAAAAUUCAAAGGUGAGGAAGUUCUCAUUCCGAGGAUCCCGAUGAUCCCAACCGAUAUGCCGUUUGAAUUUAAAAGACUUCAAUUUCCGAUACUUCUUGCAUUUGCCGUGACAAUCAACAAAUCACAAGGCCAAUCCUUAAAAGUUUGUGGUUUAAAUCUAGAACAUUCAUGUUUUUCCCAUGGUCAAUUAUACGUGGCAUGUUCACGGGUCGGAAGACCAUCUGCGUUGUUUGUUUUUGCGCCUGAUAAUAAAACAAAAAAUGUCGUGUAUCACAAGGUGCUUAAGUGAAGAGCAACCUAUGUACUAAAAUACAGAAAUAAUAAUGAAUGAUUAAUGUAGUUAUUUAAUUUUAUUUUGUAUUUUUUCGAAUAAAAUAAAAAAAAAACUGCUUAUUUAUUGCCAUUAAGGCGGAACAAAGUUCGCCGGGUCAGCUAGUAAUUUAAAUAUUUCAAACAUAUUUUUAUGAAUGACAUUUGUAAAACAUAUGUUGCCCAUAACGUUGCCAUAUAUCAUAAUAAAAUUUUAUAGAAAUUAAGCAUUGACUGUGAAACGCAAACGACUACUCAGUUUGCAACAAUACUUAGCUAAGAUUUUAUUUAGACACAACUUAAGUAUGGACUGUGAAACCGGGCAUUAGCCAUACAAAAUUCUAUACCUAAAUGCCCAUAACGUUGCCAUAUAUCAUAAUAAAAUUU